UGUCUGUAUGAAUUCGGUUCGAAUCAAAUAUGUAUAUUCAAUGUCAUUGAGCUCAUGUAAUGAUUUGGUCCCGUCACAACAUAACCUUGAACUGAAGUAUAUCAAAUCAACUAUCAGAACAUAAUGAAGACUGACGAUCCCCCAGAACCAAAGAAAAAAGGGAUCAACGUGGACACCCUCUGGUGUAUGUACCUUGUAUCCGUUGCUUCUGCUUGCAACGCUGAACUAUUCACCUACCCACUGGACCUAAUAAAAACCAGACUACAAGUCCAAGGAGAAAAAGCAGAUAAGCUCAAGCAGGCCCCACAUAGAGGUAUGCUGAAAACAGGACUCGGUAUAGUUAGAGAAGAAGGCCCACUGAAGUUAUGGCAAGGAAUCCAUGCGAUUUUCUUAAGGCACUUGGUGUAUUCAGGCACCAGAAUGGUCGUGUAUAUGCACAUGAGGAACUGGAUAGUGGCUCGAUACCCCAACCAAGAAAAACUCACCGUUCUGCAGUGUUCCAUCUGUGGGGUAGCUGGCGGUGCUAUAGGACAGUUCAUAGCAAGCCCAGCUGAUCUCAUGAAGGUCCAGCUGCAAAUGGAAGGUAAAAGAAGACUGCUGGGACUUCCACCACGCGUGCUAGGCAUAACCGAUGCUUUCCAGAAAGUCUGGAAUGCCAAUGGAGUGGCAGGGCUGUGGAAAGGCUGGGUGCCCAAUGUACAGAGAGCUGCACUGGUGAACCUGGGUGAUCUGACCACGUACGACCUUUCCAAAAGGUUCAUCCAGAGGAAGACAGGUUUGGCGGAUAAAUUACCUUUGCACGUGUUGGCGAGUGGGUGUGCUGGUUUCGCGGCUGCUGUGCUGUCUACGCCUGCCGAUGUUAUCAAAACCAGGGUCAUGAAUCAGCCUACUGACGAGAAGGGGAGGGGAACGUUGUAUACGUCAUCCACUGACUGUCUGCGGAAAACUGUCAGAGCUGAAGGAGUGGCAGCUCUCUACAAAGGCUUCAUACCGACCUGGGUCAGACUGGCGCCUUGGGCUUUGACCUUUUGGGUGACUUAUGAACAAAUUAUGACGUUUAUUGGAGCUAAGAAUUUCUGAUUAGUCACUGAACAAUGAUAAUUAGAUUGCUGUAGGUCAUGUUCUGAUAACGUUUAUUUAUCCUAGAUAUUUCUUAAGUUCUAUAAUAAAGUUACAAAUUCUGAGGUAGGCCAAU